CAUUCAUUCAUUCUUGUGUGACCGAUGCAGCUUGUGACUGACGGUGUUCCCAUUUUCUUCAAUUUCAUUAAUUUAUUUUAAUUUCUUUUUGUUUUAUGAUGAUUGAAGGACGUGCAAAUGAACUACCCGAUUUUCAAGUCUUUCAGACGGUAAUAAAAUACUGUUUGAUCAUUAUUGUGGUCCCAGUGUUUUCAUUCUUUACUGCGAAGAGUGUUUUAUUCGAUGGAAUCUUACGAUUGGAGCCUAUUACGAGCAGUGUAUAUUCCGCUGUAGUUGCGGUCGUUGUGCUACAUCUCACUCUCGGACUUUACAUUUUCAAAGCCUACUCCGAUUCAGAAAAAUCGGAAAAGCCUCUUAAAAAGGACUAAGAUUUUAUAAAUAGUUGUAAAAUACCUCAUCGCAAAAUGGACAACUUAUACAUGAAAGGUGAAUUAUUACAAGUUCAUACUAAAAACAGUGAAAUAUUCGAAGGCCGGUUUUAUGGAAUGACUAAUGAUAAGUCUAAGAUUUCUCUUUACAAUGUCAAAGAACCAAAAGGAGAUCCAAGUGAUGGCAUUUUGCACUACUAUGAUUCUGAUAUAAGGGAUAUUGUUAAACUUAAGGAGCCAGAUGAACAAAAGCAUUUAAAAAUAUCAGAAAAAGAAUGUGAAGAAAUAAUAAAGACAUCCAAAAAGUAUAUAUACAUAAAUCAAAUUGAUAAGACUUUCCAUGAGGCAAUGGAAGACUUGAAUCAGUAUAAUUAUAUUGGCUUGAGUACUGAUGGUGCUAACAUGGGAAGAAAAUGUAAAAUGCCAGUGUUGGUAUUGUCUACACCUCAUCAGAUUUAUAUAUUUGACAUUCAUGUCAUGGAGUACCAUGCAUUUGAAGCUGGAUUAAAGAAACUUUUGGAAAGUGAUACUCCUAAAAAGAUAAUUCAUAAUUCUAGAAAUGUAUCAGAUUGCUUGUUUCAUAAACAUAAUGUCAAGUUGAAUUCAGUAUUUGAUACUCAGGUUGGUGAUCUACUUAUCACAAGAAACAAAACUGGCCGCCUACCAGAAAAAGUAAAAAGUCUAGCCCAAUGCUUAAAUCUUUAUCUUGGCUUACAGCUGUCUUUUGUAGAUGACAAAUUUGGCGUUGUGGAGUGUUCUGCCCGCCCAUUGCCUGUACAGAUGAAAGACAGCCUCGCCAAGAACAUUGCAUUCUUGCAUCGGCUUUCAGAAACAAUCAAUGAAGAAAUGUUACUGCCAUUUGUGAGAGGUGUUGAAUGCUUUGUAGAAAAUAUUAGAUCUCUGGAUGACUUCAAAGCUUGGGAACGUUGUGGUAUGCAAAAUCAAAUACCAAAGGAUUUUAAGAGUGCAAUUGAGUAUUAAAUACUGUCUUCAACACACAUUCCGAAGAAAAACAAUACAAAUGUAGAAUUAGAUUUUUUUUUUCUUGCACAUUUUGGUUUCAUGCUUUUUGACUAGUCUCUUAAAAUUACAGUAUUAAUCACAAGUAAUCGGAGCAUAUUGUAGUUGUUUACAAUUAGAUUUACUCUAUUUAAAAAAGGCAUAAGUGAAACAGCUUCUUUCUAGUAAGUACUUAAUACUUUAUUAUUAGGGCAAGUGUUUGACUAUGUUUAAGCUACAUAUAUUUCAGCUCCAGUAAGAAAGCGAAAUACAUUUGCAAAUUUUGGAACUGACUUACAAGUUUCCAAAGACAUAUAAAGUUAAGUGUAAGCUUUUAAUAUCAAAAACAACAGCUUUUGUCUUUAAUGUAUCUGUGAUCACUCAACGCAAGUGUCUGAUAGGCUUUGAAAUAGUCAUAGAUUAUUUUUAUAUUUAUAAUGUUGAUAAAGUAUCACAUUUAUUUCUUGUAUUUAUAAUUCUCUAUAAGGUUCAACUGAUAUAUAUUUUGUAUGUAGGUUAUAUAAAGAAAUUUCGUCAUAUCUUGUCUCAAAAUAAUAUAAUUGUGUAAUAAUUAAUACCUUUGAUGUAAGAUUCAUAUUUUGGGAGUGUUUACUGAUGGAUUACUUAUGGUUUGGAUAUGUGUGGGCUUAAAUUGACACUUUAUAAAGAAGCUUGCUUAUGUGUCAUUAAAUGCCAUGCUUGAAUAAAACCUGUAUGUGCUUGAA